UCAAAAAUYAAGAGAAAAGUUUGUGGAGUUGAAGAUAUUUGAAGAUCUCAUGUUUCAUUUCUCGUACUUUGUAGCGGAUAUUUCGCUUUAUGCUAAACGUCUAAUGUCAGCAACAGCUAAGCCUAUCGUAAUCUUUGUUCUUGGUGGCCCUGGGGCUGGGAAAGGCACUCAAUGUGAAAAGAUAGUUCAAGAAUAUGGCUACAAUCAUCUAUCUGCCGGAGAACUGCUAAGGGAAGAGAGAGCCAGUGGCUCUAAAGAUGGAGAUCUCAUUGAGUCCUGCAUGACAGAUGGGAAAAUUGUUCCUGUUGAAAUAACUAUUCGGCUGUUACAAAAGGCCAUGGAUAAAAGUCCUAUAAAAAAAUUCCUGAUUGAUGGGUUUCCUAGAAAUGAAGACAAUCUACAAGGAUGGGAGCGAGAAAUGAAGGGAAAAGUAGAUCUCAAGGCUGUAUUUGUUUUCCAAGUUCCAGAAGAUGUAUGCAUCAAAAGAAUAUUGGAUAGAGGCAAAUCAAGUGGAAGAUCAGAUGACAAUAUAGAUAGUUUGCGUAAAAGGUUUCAAACACACAGAAAUUCAACCAUACCAAUCAUAGAAUAUUAUAAAAAAUUAGGACUUGUUAGAACCAUUUCUGGUCUUGGAUCCCCAGAUGAGGUGUUUCAGACUGUAAAGGAAGUAUUCAAAACAUUAGGACAAUAACCCAAUCAAGACGUUCAACAAUCUUCUUAUCUKAUGUGAUGGCACCUUUGGCUUUGGUACUUUUCUUCAUCAAAAAUGAGGAACACAUAUCACUCUAGAUCUGAUGGUAAAGCAGUGCUUAACUGAAACCUUGUUUUCAGCUAUAGAAUUUCAAAUAUUCCCUUUGCCUUUGUUUGCUUGUGCUCAAGAAAGAAGUAACUUAGGCUAUGGGAAUCAAUUGUAGGAAAAGAAAGUUUGCCUUCAACAAAAUGAAGAGAAUAAUUAGUUGAUGAUUUUAAUAAUGGUUUUUAUAUCAACUUGAAGCACAUGUGGUCACAUGUGUUUGUACAGUAGUAUUAGCAAGGUUUUUUYAUGAUUGCCAAGUUGGGUUAAGACGUGAAAUUAGUAUAUGUAAUAGGGCUCCAUGCUGUCCAAUUAAGAAAUAAUAGGACGAGGAAAAUCCGAGGAUUGACAAAAUUGGAUGAAGCCCUAGGCCGAGUCCAAUUUGGCAGUCAGAGGAAUUUUUCUGAGUCUAAUUAUUUAUUGAUGGGAGAGCAUGAAAUUCCAUUACCUAUUAAUUAUAUAGCUGCCUAAUUAAUCCUAUACCAACAAGACCUGUCCAAUCAAGAAAAUAAUUGGACAGUUACCUAUAUGGGAUUAAUGAGAAGCUGUAUGAUUAUAUGACUAAAACAGGUAUUACUAAAUAGACUUAUAUUCCAUCUCAUAAUCAUUUUCACAAGCUAAAUAAAUACUUGGGGAGGAUGGGGGUUUGAAAAUUCUAAAAUACCAUCACAACAUAACAAAUAUUUAGCAAUAAAGUAGUCUCCUCUAAGGCAUCUACAUUUAUGACUUUGGACUUCCUGUGUUGGGAGUCAUCCUCAGUUCUGGCCCCUUACGGAAGCCUUCAGUCCCCUCAUUGUCUACAUGGUUUAUGCCAAAGGUUACCUGUAGAAGUGGCUAGCAAUUAAGAUGUUCUACGUUGUGUUGGUAGUGCAAUUAGAUAAUGUUAUUUUGUUUGUACUGUAGGUCUUGUAUUUUUUCCUGAGGUAACCAUCAUAUUUUUGAAGUGCCUCUGGACAYUUGUAUUUGAAAAUCUCUGAUCAGGCAUCACACUGUUUUUCUCAAAUUUAUAAUUAGAUAAAUUAAUAAGUAAAUGUUUAUUUAGAACAAACCAGGUAAAUCACUACAACCAUAAAAGUGGUUUGGAUACAGUAUCUUUUCAUACUUACAUAGCUAGCAUAAAGCUUGGUCAACUUCUGCUUUAAUUUUCUCUGUGAAAUAUUAAUCUUUUGAGUAACCAUGAUGAAACAUUGAGCAAAUAUUUUAUUGGGACAUUUUGAAGUACAAUGUCUUAUAACACAUCUCUGUGUUUGGAUAAACCGGAUGAAAUAGUCUUUCAAAAUGUUGAAUUAAGAUAAUAUUAUGAUGMAGGGCUGUYAACUCUCCCGGAUAAACCAGGAGUCUCCAGAUUUUGGACCGUAUCUCCCGGUCUCCAGAUUAGAGUCUCAAAUCUCCCGGAUAAUCGCAGAAGCUGACCAUUUCUUGUGAGACUUGACUUU